GACACAUAAACGGGGGGCCGCGCCUUUAUAAAUUAGAAGCAUUGCAUAGAAAGGAACUGCACCAAAUCAAGUCUCUUCUCUUGUAAAGAUGGGUCAUCGCCUGCUUCUUCUCUCCGCACUUGUACUCAUCUCUCUCGCCCUGGUAUCUUCGGAUAUCGAAAGUGGAGAAGAAACCACACUGGUGGCGAAAGGCAAUAACAGAAGGCUGUUAGGCUUUGUUGAUUGUGGGCAGGAGUGCAAGAGGAGGUGCAGCUUGCACUCUCGGCCGAACGUGUGCAAUAGAGCGUGUGGCACGUGCUGCCAAAGGUGCAAGUGUGUGCCACCUGGCACCCAUGGAAACAGGGAGGUUUGUGGAUCUUGCUACACCGAUAUGACCACCCAUGGCAACCGGACUAAGUGUCCUUAAUUUCCCACUACCAUCCUUUAUUUUCUGAGUUUCUGUUUUUUUAUUUGGACAUGUUUUGUUUCUUUGUUAAUACUACUCCUACUAUUAUCUGUGGAAAUUCGAAAGCUGAGGCCUUGUUGUUUUCGUUA